AUGGCUGCGAUGCCAAAACCCUCCGACUCCAAGACGGGCGGCAAGGCCACCGUCUUGCUCGGAUCCCAGUGGGGCGACGAGGGCAAAGGCAAGCUCGCCGAUGUGCUCAGCGGCCAGAUGGACGUCUGCGCACGCUGCGCCGGCGGCAACAACGCCGGCCACACCAUCGUCGCCGACGUCAACGGCGUCAAGACCAAGUUCGACUUCCACCUGCUCCCCUCGGGUCUCGUCAACCCGCGCUGUGCCGGAUUCAUCGGCUCCGGCGUGGUGGUGCACGUGCCGUCGUUCUUCGCCGAGCUGGACAACAUCCAGAAGAAGGGCCUCAACUGCGACGGCCGCCUCUUCAUCUCGGACCGAGCUCACCUCGUGUUCGACUUCCACCAGGUCGUCGACGGCCUCAAGGAGGUCGAGCUCGGCGGAAGCAGCAUCGGCACCACCAAGAAGGGCAUCGGUCCGGCCUACUCGUCCAAGGCGUCGCGCUCCGGUCUGCGUGUCCACCACCUCUACGACCAGGAGCUCUUCGCCUCCAAGUUCCGCAAGCUCGUCGAGGGCCGCUUCAAGCGUUACGGACACUUUGAGUACGACACCGAGGGCGAGAUCGCCCGCUACCGUGCCUUCGCCGAGCGUCUCCGACCGCACAUUGUCGACGGCGUCAGCUUCAUCCACACCGCGCUCGCUCAGAACCGCAAGGUGCUGGUGGAGGGCGCCAACGCGCUCUUCCUCGACAUCGACUUUGGCACGUACCCCUUCGUGACGAGCUCGUCGACCUCCAUCGGCGGUGUGCUCACCGGCCUCGGUAUCCCGCCCACCGCCAUCGGCAACGUGAUCGGCGUCAUGAAAGCCUACACCACGCGUGUCGGCAUGGGACCCUUCCCCACGGAGCUGCACGAGGAGAUCGGCCACCACCUGCAGGAGGUCGGAGCCGAGUACGGCACGACGACGGGGCGCCGACGCCGCUGCGGCUGGCUGGACCUGAUCAUGAUGCGCUACUCGUGCCUGAUCAACGGCUACACCAGCCUCAACCUGACCAAGCUCGACGUGCUGGACCAGCUCAAGGAGCUCAAGGUGGCGGUGGGCUACGUUGUGGACGGCAAGGAGCUGCCGAGCUUCCCGGCGGACCUCGAGGUGCUGGCCAAGGUGGAGGUGCAGUACAAGACGCUGCCCGGCUGGCAGCAGGACAUCUCCAAGGCCCAGACGUGGGAGGAGCUGCCGGAGAACUGCCGCGCCUACGUCGAGUUCCUCGAGCAGUUCCUCGGCGUCAAGAUCGAGUGGAUCGGCGUCGGCCCCGCCCGCGAGUCGAUGAUCCACCGCGCAUGA